AUGAGUGAAUCAAUGGGCGCGACUGGGUUGAAGAGCCUAGCUCAAGUUACGCGUUUUUCAGUAACAAAGCGAACGAUUGAAUAUGAUUCGCAGGCUCGAAAAUCCGUAGUUUGUCAUCGAGGACACAUCUCCCAAAUUCCUGAUUUCAGCAAAUACUCGCCCACCAAGUCGAUUAGUGAGUUAGCUCCGUACGUUUCUCCCACGUUGUGUGCGUAUCCACUGCAGUCCAAGUACGUAAAUCAACAACACUACUACCAGAACAAAGACAUUUUGGAGAAACACUAUUUGACCAAGAAACCACAUCCCGUGUCACUAUCACAACUCGCGCAGUAUUUCGAUGACUCUAACACUUUGACCAAACAAAAAAUCGUAAAUAGCAGUCGAUUUGUACAACAGGAGUUGGUCACACGUAUCGCACACAAAAUCCAUCUGUUGCAGACGUUGCCCUUCAACGUGGUGAACAACUUCCACUUUAGCCAGGUCUACGAGUCCUACUACAACAUUUUUGAGCGGUUCCGGCGGUAUCCGACGGUCAAAACGAUUGCCGACAAUGACAAAUUUGCCAGGUUUCUACAGAGCAUUUUGUCGGACUUCAACUCUCUGAAUUUACCGCACCUCAUCAUGGGGGCCCUCGAGUGCCGUAUAUUGGAUCUCUAUCCGCCUCAAAAGAUGGACGAGGUCAUUUCGAGUCUCCUGCGGGCGCGUAUCUCUAGAAGACUGAUUGUGGAGGAGCAUCUGAGUAUAACAGCCAACUACCAGAGCGGGAAAAAGGAGAAUACUCUGGUUCUCGGCGAUAUUUUCCAAGAGUGCAGCGCACGAGAGUUUCUUCUGGGUGCCAAAGCCAUGUGCGAGAAAUUCAUCCAGGACAUGUAUUUCCAAGGCAUUAAACUGCCCGAAUUUGUCAUUGAUGGCAACCUAGAGCUCAAGUUCUAUUUUUUACCUUUGCACUUGAAGUAUCUUUUGGGCGAAGUGCUGCGGAACAGUUACGAGGCUACCAUGAAAGAGUACAUUCGACUGGGACUCAAAAACCCGGAGCCAAUCACGGUGACUAUAGUCUCGAACGACCAGUCUUUCAUGUUUCGCAUUUCGGAUCGCGCUGGCGGGAUCCCGCACGACGAAAAGACCAUAUGGUCCUUUGGCAAGUCCAAACAGCUCGCAAGCGAGUCUCUCAACAAUUUCCACAAGCUGCCCGGCCUGCAGACUAUAUCUCUUUACGACUACAUGUAUGACAGAGAUGGGGGCAAGCCCACCAGUCAUCCAUACAAAUUUACCUCUUUGGAGCCUGUCAGUGCGUCUAAUUUACCUCACGGCCACAAAUUCGAAAAACCUUUACUGGGUCUUUUGGAAAGAUCUUCACGCUACAAACUAGGAAUUGGUCUUGCCAUGUGCAAGGUCUAUGCAGAGUACUGGAAUGGCGAUUUAACGGUCCACUCGAUAAAUGGCUACGGUACUGACACCGUUUUGAAACUAGGAAAUCUCAUGUACCACACCGACAAACUGCAAUUGGACAAAGUGUAA